AUGUUAAAAAAGUGUACAGACAAUCCAAAAAUAGCAGAAACUUUAAAAUAAUUGGUUUAAGAACGUGGACAGAAAAGAUGGCCAGAAAUUGCUAAGGUGUUAGAAUCUAUGUAUGAUAUAAAAAUUGAAAUUCCAUUUACUUUGAAAGCAAUAUAUUAAGAUAUAAUGAAUCCAAGACCUGGUUUAAACACUGAAUAAUUAAAAUUAUUAGUUACAACAGCUAUGAAAUAUAGAUCUGUAAUAAGAUUGGCAUUACCAGAAUUCUAAAAAGUAUCAGGGAUAGGGUAAUAUAUAUAAUUAUGAUUUUUAGUAUUUCUAGACACAAAUUUGUAAGUAGAUUAUACAGAUUUUAUAAGAACACAAUUUUAGCAGGAAUUCAGAUAUUUAUAAGAAAUAAAAUGGAUUAUAGAAAAAGAUUAGCUAAAUUUCCUGGAUAAUCAAUUGGGAGAAUUUUAUAAUGUAAGGAAUUAACAGGAGAAGAUGAUUUUACAUAAAGAUUAAAAUUAAUGGCAGAAUAAUUAGAGAUAUUAUUAAAUUGUUAUUUAUAAUUAGAAGAUGAGAGAGAUUAUUCUUUAUUAUAUGAUAUUUUAACUCCAAAAAUGAACAAGAAAACCUUUUUCUUAUUAUUGAAUUGCAUUUCAUUUAUGGAUGAUUUAAGAUGCAUAUAAUAAAAUGUUAUUAAAUCAGAUGAUGAAUUGAUGCCUGAUUAUUGGUUAUAACCAACAAUCAAAGAGAAUAAAGAACUUUUAGUUUAUAAAAAAUUAUUUUUAGAUGAUAUGGAUUACAAAUUUAGAAUGUAUACAGAUUCAUAAGAUGUUUAAACUGAAAUAGAUUUCAAAUUCUUUUUGAAUAAUGCAUAUAUGAAACCAAAGUCUGUUGUAACUUAAAGAUCUGCAAAAUUAAAAACUGUAAGAGGAAAAAUUACAGUAAAUGAUAAAAAAUAUCCAAGUGAUAAAACUAUAAUUUUUGAUUAACCAGAAGAAGAAAGUGAAUAAGAAGGUUAUGAAAUAGAUUUUAAGAAACAUAGAUUAUUAAAUAAAGAUUGA